CAAUGGAAACAUAUCAAUCGAGAGAUCUCUUGCAAUGUUCAAUUCAAGUUGCAAAUCCGACUUGAAUGGAACGAGAUCUUGAAUUUGGCGUCAGUUUUAAUUAGAUUUAGAAAAGCAAAAAUCGGUACGUGGUUGUGAGAAAGAAAGUCGAUUUUGCUAAAUUGAGAAACUUUCAUAUUUCAUUUUUAUUGACUUUUAAAGCCGUCAUUGUUAAGAUUUUAUGAUUUAUUGGAUACCGCCAUAAAAUUAAAACGUUCUUUAGCGAAAUAAUUGGUAAUAAAAAUCAUCCUUAUGCUGUGUAAAAAAAACUCCUUCUAACUUCAAAUUUCAGAAUUAUUUUAAUUAAGAAACUAUUAAUCAACCCAUCGUUAGCACAAGCACCAUAAAUUACAAGGGCACCUCACUCGCAUACUUCAUUAUAAAUAAUAUGUUGUUGGGACAAAAGGGCCGUCAGUCUGGCCCCAACCACACCUGUAAUUAGUGGGCGCCCUCGCGACGAUAUUAUCAAACUUUAAUUAUAGAAUAAAAUGGGUUCACGCGAUCUGUUGUCGCCCCUUAGAUUUUUUCGUGAAUCCUCCAGACAUGAAGCGUAAAAUUUGAAAGAAAUUGAUGUCGUUGUCCAUUACCUUUGUCGGCAGGCUGGUGAUAAUAAAAAGGUGGAUCUGCCGCAAUUAACCAUUGUAUUUUGUCAUACUUGGGCCACACAGGCCAGGAAUGUUUAUUACAGCCGUUGUUUGAGCUUGAGCCGCGUGUGGAUGUGUUAAUUGUAUAGAUUUUUUACGAUUAUUGCUUAUCUAGAGUUCUGACAUACCCUUAUUUACAUGACACUGUGCCAGCGCUACGGAGGAAAAUAAAGGAAAGGUUGCAUUGACACAGACGUUACAAAACCGAACUAAAUAUUUAUUCGGAAAAUGAUAGGCGAUAAAAAAGUCUCUUCAACAUUCCACUCUUCACUGGAAUUUGAGUUCAGUUAGCAAUAAUCCGGGGCGCGGGAUCCGCUCCGGUGCUCGUUCUCCUUGUGGUGUGGCUCGUAGGAGAUACGGUUUGGCCAAAUUACAGGCGAAAUUAUGCCGCAGCACCAUGGAAGCAAUGCCACAUGUGCAAAAGGCGGCCGUUCUGGCGGCUGACACGUGCCAGACUGUCUUCAAAGACCGGAGAUGGAACUGCUCCUCCAUCACCACAGCCCCGUACUUAACACCCGACUUAACCAGAGCCACAAGGGAGCAAGCUUACGUGUAUGCCAUAAGCUCGGCAGCAUUAACAUACACGAUGGCACGUGCCUGUGCUAGCGGCACCCUUUACCACUGCACGUGUGCCGGUAAACCUGACGAACCCCCGAACAGCAAUUUCCAGUGGGGCGGCUGCGGCGACAACAUACACUGGGGGGUGUAUUUUGCGAAAAGAUUUAUCGAUAAUGUGGAGAAAAACAACGUCGAUAAAAGCAGGAAGCGGAGGAAGGGGUACGAGUACGAUGAAGACAGGAAAAGUAAGCUUGUGAGGGAGGAAAUCGCGGCUGUCAACUUGCACAACAACCGUGUCGGACGACGAAUUAUCAGGGAAAGUAUUCAAACGCAGUGCAAAUGUCAUGGCGUUUCCGGGUCUUGUAAUGUUAAAACGUGUUGGAAGGGCCUACCCCCGAUGUUUGAAAUCGGGCGAAAGUUGAUGAAGCAAUAUACGAAUGCGAAAGAAGUGUCGAGGUAUUAUGUCGAGGGCAAUUUGGGAAAAACGCGAAUUUCUGACCAUCUCUUGUACCUUUCCAAAUCGCCGGACUAUUGCACGAAGGAUGUGAAGCUGGGAAGCUUUGGCACCGUAGGAAGAAAAUGCAAUGUGACCACAAAUGAAACCAACAGUUGUCGUCAAUUGUGCUGCGGAAGAGGUUACAGAACCCUGGUGGAAGAAAAACUGGAGAGAUGUCACUGCAAAUACUACAACUGUUGUUACGUGAAAUGUAAAAUUUGUCGAACCAAAACACAAAUUUACGAAUGCGGUUGAACCCCUCAACAUACCUACAGUCGUAAUUUUCAAAUAAACUGAUCAUCGUUAUUAAAACCGUGCAAUAAUUACGUCGUUAGAUUAGAUCUUUAGCUUUGUAAAUGUGAACCAUUUUUACGUAAUUGGGUAGAAACAGUGAGUAUUAAAGCAAUCAACGAAUUUA